AAACACAAACAAUUUAUUCUGAAUUCAAAGGAUUCCACAGCUAUUGUAUCAAACUAAGCAUUCCAAUGGCACAAGAGAGGAUGAAAAUGGGUAUGGUUUUGGUGAUCAUGAGCAUACUGUGUGCAGGUGCUGCGGCACAAUCAUCAAGUUGCUCAAGUGCGUUGGUGAGCCUGUCACCGUGCCUUAACUACAUCGCCGGCAACUCCUCCACCCCUUCUUCAGGGUGCUGCUCUCAGCUUGCCAGUGUUGUGAGCUCACAGCCACAGUGCCUGUGUGAGGUUCUUAACGGAGGAGCAUCUUCAUUGGGAAUCACAAUCAACCAAACCCAAGCUCUGGCCUUGCCUACUGCUUGCAAUGUCCAGACCCCACCCAUCACUCAGUGUAAAGCUGCUUCGCCAGCGGAAUCUCCGAAUUCGAAUCCUUCAGGAACUGGAUCCACAAACGUGCCCACCACAGAUAAUGCUUCGUCCGCUCCAAACUCCGUCAAGUUUUCUGCUCCUCUGCUGUUUCUGGUUCUUGCAUCAGCAUUUGCGACACUGAUUCGUUAAAUUCAUUCUCGUUUUACUUAGUUUACCUAUAUUCAUUUGUCCGUACAAAUACUUUUUGGUUACCUAAUUUUUGUAUUCUCACUUUCACCAAUAAAUGUCGACUCUGCUUUGUUUCCCAUUA